UACUACUUGGCAGUCGGUGAGGCCCGGAUCUGGACGACACCACUUUCUACUGCGCUAUCGUCCCGAGCCUCUCUUCUGUGUUCAACGCCUAUUUCCAUUUACUCUCUUAAUAUCUUAUAAACAUGUCAACUUCAGACAGACCUGGCAAUCAGAACCAGCAGGGCAACAGUAUGACGUCCGGGGUUACCAGCACACCCGCGCCCGCUAGGUCGGGCACUCAGUCACAACGACAACGGCACGAUGGUCAGUCUAUCCAACUUCUUGAAAACACCGGCAGCCUUCUCACAGCACCAGAAUCAUGGAUCGAAGUAUCCUCGCACCCAUCAUCAUCCUCUGUAUCCUCGCUUGGCGACGAGAUAGUCACUACUGGCUUACGAGUCGGGUCGUCCGCGUAUGCCCGCAGGCGACGCUUACAUCCACAAUCAUAUAACCAUCUGCUGGCGCAACAGCAGCAGCAGCAACAACAACAACAACUUGCUGCACAAGUGGCCGCCGGUACAGGCAGUCAAGAUGAAUACGAAGAGAGCGAAACAGACUCCGAUCAUGUUCUGACCUCAUCGACCGAGAACAUCACAUCGACGCCUAGUCCAAACCCCACGCCAUUGCGCAACGUCUAUCCAGCUCAGACUGAAUCCAGUGAUGAGGAAGAUGACGAUGACGAGAAUUCGACAGCCCUUGGCUCCCGCAGGCCGUCGGAGCCAUUCCGACCUCAGCCGAAUGCCUUCACCCACCCGCCGUCCCACUUGCAGCAUCGUCACUCGACCAGCUCUGCGAUUCCGCAACACCAUCCACGCCCAUCAUUCAGUCAGCGCAGUAACACCAGGGUCGACCGCCGGAGCCCAAACUUCACGUCGCCCAAUUAUCAGGCCGAUAACGAUGAAGCAUUACGUGCUAGCCUCACCACAUUGCUGAGCUGCGCGGCGGCAGCGAGAGGGCUCAAAGAAGACAACGAGAAAAAACUAGGCGAGAGAACCGCCCAAGUUGGUAGCCAGCCAGUGAAUCUCCGCUUCGUCCCUGAAAGUGAACUCAUGGAUCCUGCGCCGCGACCGACUGCACAAGGGAGGGUGCUCAGAAGCGACCCAUCGCCUUCACCGCCUACGACAACCAGAUCUGUCACACCCGAGAAAGUCAAGCGCCCAGCAACUCCGCCGCAGUCAUCGGGAAAAUCUCCAAGGGCCACGAAGAAGAAGAAGACCAACUCAUCGCCUUUGAACGCAGAGGAAACUCUAAUCAGCCCCACCCUCAUGACGUGGGUCAUGGGCGCUGGUGUCGUAGUGUUGGUGAGCGUGGUCGGAUUCGGUGCAGGCUAUGUGAUUGGACGCGAGGUUGGGCGCCAAGAGGUCUUGAGUGGUCUCGGGGCUGGAAAUGCUUCAGUGGUCUCAGAUGGAGGAAGUUGUGGGAGAGAAGUCAUCAGGAGCAGUGGCGGCACGCUGAAACGUUUCCGCUGGGGAAGCGGUAUGGGUAAGGCAGUCGUUGCCUAAGCAGCAUCACUAUGAACUGUAUGCUUUCAUACAAGGAACCGGGAGCAGCGUGGAAGGAUAUACCUGGCCAAGCGAGAGACCUGCUGGCCACAUUAGCAUUGACAUCAUAUUCGGGGCGUUUGAAAGACUGGAGUUUGCUUUAAUGGCUGUAGGGUUAUGCGAGUGAACGGGGCGU